AUGGGCUGGUUCAGUGACGAUUCCCCGCAGCAGGACUACCACCAGCAGUGGAACAACUCUGAGCCCCGGGAGCACGAUCCUUCCUUCGUCCAUGAGCUGAUCGCCGGUGCUGCAAGCUACGAGGCAGCCAAGGCUUACGAGGAGCACUGCGACAGAAACGGCCAGCCGCAGAGCCACGAGAAAGCCAAGGAGAUUAUGGCUGGAUUUGCCGGCGCCUUUAUCGAUCGCGAGGUCGAGUCCAGGGGUCUGGAUUUCAUUGACCGGGAGAAGGCCAAGUACCAGGCUCGCCAGCACAUUGAGGACGUGUCCGCCGACCAAGUUGGCUAUUAG